AUGGCGGACCUGUCGGGGACUGAGCUGUCAGAGGAGAAAGAAGCAGAAAUUGAGCUCAAGAAAAGGCAGAAACGACCGUGGGAGGAUUUGCACAAGUCGGGUAAACUCGGUUUAACCCCAGAACUGCCAGAAACGUUGGGAUUUUACGACAUAAGUGCUGUCAGGAGGGAGCAACGGGAGCAGUCGGCAGAUCCAUCGUUGACGCGCUUCAUCACCGCAGAGCUCACCAGAGGCUACUUCCUGGAACACAAUGAGGCAAAGUACACCGAGCGCAGAGAGAGAGUUUACACAUGCAUGCGCAUUCCCAAGGAGUUGGAGAAGCUGAUGAUCUUUGGCUUCUUCCUGUGUGUGGACGCCUUCCUGUACGUCUUCACCCUGCUGCCCCUCAGAGUGCUGCUGGCCGUGCUCCGCCUCCUCACCCUGCCAUGCUGUGGUUUCAGCGGGACUCGGCUGCUGCAGCCAGCGCAGGUAUGUGACGUGCUGAAGGGCCUGAUCCUGGUGCUGUGCUUCUCCAUGAUGCAUUACGUCGAUUACUCCAUGAUGUAUCACCUGAUCAGAGGACAGUCUGUCAUCAAACUCUACCUCAUCUACAACAUGUUGGAGGUGGCUGACCGCCUCUUCUCCUCCUUUGGUCAAGACAUCCUGGACGCUCUCUACUGGACAGCCACAGAACCCAAAGAACGGAAAAGAGACAGCAUCGGCGUCAUUCCUCACUUCAUCAUGGCCGUCUUCUACGUCUUCCUCCAUGCCAUCCUCAUCAUGGUCCAAGCCUCCACCCUCAACGUCGCCUUCAACUCACACAACAAGUCCCUGCUCACCAUCAUGAUGUCCAACAACUUUGUGGAGAUCAAAGGAAGCGUGUUCAAGAAAUUUGAAAAGAACAACUUAUUCCAAAUGUCCAACAGUGAUAUCAAGGAACGAUUCACCAGCUACGUUCUCCUGCUCAUCGUUUGUCUCAGGAAUAUGGAGCAGUUUGCAUGGAAUCCAGACCACCUGUGGGUGUUGUUCCCUGAUGUCUUUAUGGUCGUCACCUCUGAAGUUGCUGUUGACAUCAUUAAGCAUGCUUUCAUCACCAAAUUCAAUGACAUCACUGCAGAUGUGUACAGUGAAUACCGAGCCAGUUUGGCCUUCGAUCUCGUCAGCAGCCGACAGAAGAAUGCUUGUACAGACUACAGUGACUCAGUGGCCCGGAGGAUGGGCUUCAUCCCUCUGCCUUUGGCUGUUCUGCUUAUCCGAGUGGUAAUGAGCUCGGUGAAGGUGCAGGGAGCUCUUUCAUACACGUGUGUGUUCCUCUUUUAUCUUGGGUUGGUUUCACUUAAAGUGUUGAACAGUAUUGUGCUGCUGGGGAAGUCGUGUGUUUACGUCAAGAGGGCCAACAUGGAGGACAAACUGUUCGAGAGGCCCUCCACCACUCCAUCCUCCACUGGGAAAAACCCCAGCAAAGCUGACCAGGACAGAUGUCCCACACCUUCAGGUGAAUCCAAGGUGGAGCAGAUCUCUGCCACACCCAGCAGGCCACCACCGUCUUCCUCCUCCUCUGUGACCACCCAGCCGACUCCAAGGACUGACCUCUUCCCUCCCCCGCCCACUGACGCCUCUCCUGCUUCUCCAGCUAGCCGUCCUCCGACUCCACCACCUGAACCCGAACAGUCUUCGCUCUCCAAGGAAGAGGAGAGCGAGGCACAAGGAGCCUCUGAACUGAAGCACAGGACUCCCAAAAAAGACCUGCUGGAGAUCGACCGUUUCACAAUCUGUGGUAACCGCAUCGACUGAGCAGCGGCAGCCGCUGAUGUAGCGAUUAACCACUCAGGAAAGACGCAAAGGGCACUUUGGCCCGGCUCUCCUGGCCAACAGCAGCAGAAAGCUGAGUAUUUAUUCAAGUUGGUGGCAAUAAAGUAAGUUAUUGUGAACACGGACACUCGAGUGUCAGACGAUCCUGCUGCUGUUGAAGCCUGAAGUCGAGAAGUUUGACAAAGAAAACUUCAGCUGCCUGAUUAACAGCAGGAGACAGAAAGUGUGACUGUGGCAGCCCAGUCGUCAGGAUGAACUGUCAUAUCUGUGUGACUGUGUGUGUGUGUGUGUGUGUCAGCGUGUGUGUGAAACAGUGUAUGUGUGAGAGCACACAAGCACUUCCUGUCUGAGCAGCACUGGGACCAGAAGGAGAGAAAUUUCUCAGUUUGUUCAGCAGCCAGAAGACAAACUUCCAGACUCUGCAACUGGUUUCAUUGCUUCAGGUGUUUCAUCUCCUCAAGAAAACCUGAAUUAAAAAAUGUUCUUUUUGUAAAUUAUUGGGUGUCUGACAUCAAUCCAAUUUGCAAGAACGAAUAGCCUGUUUUUACAGCACAGCCUUUAUAAUCAGACGCUGAGGUAACUUUCAGGAGCAGAGUGCAGGAUUUAUUUGGAUGUAGCGAUGAUUGCAACAAACUGAAUACCCCUCGCCUCACCCCUCAUUUUCCAAGUCUAGGAGAAUCUGCUUCUCUAAUUUUAACCAUUUAUCUUGUGAAUUGCUGCAUAAUUUUAUCUUUUCGGGUCUCUGAAGCAGAAAACAAAGUCUUUGUCUAAACUGGUCACAAAGUGCAGACACUGGUGACGAGGGGUCACAAAUAGACAGUGGUUUGUUUUAAGGGGUCACAAACCAAAACGCUUGGGAAACACAGCUCUAAGAGGUCAAACACUGAUAACAUGUGAGUCCAUACAUCGCUGCUCGCUCCAUUAACUGCUCAGUUCAGAAGGCUUUACCUCAGUGAGACUAUGACAGAAUUUUGAAGUGAAGCAUUGUUUUGUUUCCCAGCAUCACCAACACAGAGUUAUGAACGUGACUAAGAAGAGUGACUUUUAAUUACCGCCUUAAGUAGAGCCUUUUGUUUACACAGCCAUCAGAUAAAGUCAUUUGCAGCCUACAUUGCGCCUUCAGCAGCUAAAGGACCUUUCAUUAAAGCAUCCAGUCAGCGCACGACAUUAACAGAAGCUGCCGGUCAAAUGCUGCUGACACUAAAUCUGCUGCUUCUACCAGCCGCUCACGCAGCCAGACGUGUUUCAGAGGUCCAAUUAUGGUUUAUUAAUUAAGUACUGAAAAUGCUGAUAGAUGCUGAAGAUAAUCUUAAUUUUCUUCUUGCUUAGGGUACAUUUUUCUAAUCUCUUUAUAUACAGACUAUAUACAGGCAACAAAUCAUUACCGGAAAAUCUGUUUUUUUUUUUAUAAUUUAUUAUCUCAAAAUGCAGAUAUAAUAACUUCAGUCCAAGAGUUAAUAUUCCAUUAUGCAUCCUUCACCAAGUAACAAGUCAUUUUAUUCUGAAAAUGGCUUUUCAUACUUUCAUUCAUUCAUGUUUGGUCUUGAGAAUGUUUGCACUGAUGGACCGUAUUGUCUUAAAUACGAUGUUGUAACAUAUGUUUCUCAUUUAAGUCUCAAGUAACGUUCUACUGUUUACAUCUUAGAAAAUAGAAGCAAUAUUUCUGCAACAAAAUGCCUUUUUUUGCAUCUGUGUUUUACAUUUUGUAGAAUGACCUUGUAAAAUGAUUUGCUAAGAUUUAAACUUAUCUUUCAUUGCAAUGAAAAAUCUAUAAAUCUAAUCUACAAUAGACCAUUGAUGUCACCAUCUUCUAUAUGUCAGCCAUGUAUGUAAUUGAGUGCAAGAUAAAUAUGAUAUAUUAUUCCUAGAGAGCUUUACAUUUCAGUGCCAGGCCAAACAUUUAAUUUAUGUCAGAACUCGAUGACUUUUAUUAUCUGAUCCAGAUUUGUUACAAUCAAAGGACAAUGGUAUGCUAUGUAGCACUUUAUGGCUUUUUUACAAGGUUACACUUUGCAUUUUAAUGAAGCUGUUCUACAGCAGUCAUGUGCAGCAAACAGUAGUUUUAGCAGAAUUAUAUGGAGAAAUCUGUGACUUGACUGGUACGAGAUAUAAUGAUUAGGGAAAUUACCAUCAAACCUAACUAAAUGGUGGUAAAUUUUAAAAUAAUCUACGACAGAAAUCAGUUCUCUUUGAGUUCAUUUUUUUUCUUUCUGUUCAUCCUGUUACUCUUAAUUUAUUCUGGAAUUUUAAAGGUAAUUUACUGCCAUGUUAAUUACAGUAACAUAUGACUAGUAGUAAUAUAUUGAAGUUACUUUGGCAGAAGCUGUCAUAAUGUAAACCCAUUUUACUUUAAGCAGAAGUGAGAUGUAUAUUAUGUAAACACAUAUCAGCAUUUAUUUGAUUGUGUUUUGGAGAAAAAGUUCUUUAUAAUGUUCAUUACCAUUGUAAUAAGAAAGAUAGUUCUAUUUUUGGAGCUGCCAGUUGUGAUAUGAUAAUGUUUUGCGCAUGAAUUCUGACUCUCAGUCCUUCAUGUGGUUUUGUGAAAUGUCUCUUCUCCACUGGCCUGAGCUCAGUCUUGUUGUGGUCUGUCUGUCCACUAUCAGCUGGCUGAGCCUCACUGGUCCCAGUCUGCAGUGGAGAUCAACCACAACUGGACCCAGCUGGGCUCAACCGAGCUAAUGGAGAUGAGGUGAAAGUGUUCUUAUGCAAGCUGCGAUGGUCCAGUACACUGCCUGCUUUGUUUCAUCAGUUUGGUUCUUUAUUUAAUUCCUACCUCGAUAUUGUAUGAAAAUGCCCCUUUUGGAUUAAUAAAAGUUUGU